CGGCCUAAUAUAGUGAAUUUCGUUGUGCUGUAUUUAUUUUUAUAUCAGCAAUUCAAGUGUAUUUACAAGAAGAUUAUAUAGGAAAUUACAAUCUGUAGUAUUUUGCAGAAAUGCCUGGUAAAUAAUGCCGGAAUAAUGCACUACGCUAAAACCACUGAUACCACAGGGGGACAUUACGACUCCCUGAUGGACACCAACGCAAAGUGUCACUUCUUUCUGACAAAGGACGCCAUUCCACACCUGAAGGAAUCUAAAGGAAACAUUGUGAAUACUUCGAGUAUUUGUGGGCCAAAGCCGAUGGCGGAGGUGACAGUUUAUUGUAUGAGUAAAGCAGCCAUGGACAUGUUUACACAAUGUCUAUCUUUGGAAUUGGCACCGUAUGGCGUCCGCGUGAAUGCUGUGAAUCCUGGUACUGUUGUGAGUAAAUUGGUCAGACACGAUCACUCUCCGUAUCAAGAUGACCGGAUUUACCAAAAGUUUUUAGAGAUCCAGAAAUCAAAGCACCCGAUUGGUCGAGUUGGACUUCCGAUGGACAUUGCUCAAGCUGUGGCGUUUUUAGCGUCCGAUGACGCAUCAUUUAUCACCGGACAGAUCUUAUUUGUAGAUGGGGGACGCCACUGCGUGUCAUCCGCUGUGGCGACCAGUGUAAAAUAAGUAGAAUAACAUUACUUUUAAUAUUAUCGCUUAUUUUUUAAUCACUGUGACUUCAUAAAACACUAAUGAUUGUUUAAGUAUUGUUGUUUCGCUCGUUAAUUUUCGACGUUUGUUGUUUUAAUAUACACGCAAUACAUUUGGAAUAAAAUUUAACCUGAA